UAUUUCGGCCACCUAUUUUGUUUGCUGUCCUUUCAGCAGUCACUUGAAACGUCAUUUGUUUUCAAUUCUCCCUCUUUUCUUUCUUACAAUCUCUUUACGAUCUGUAAUGUCACACUACGAUAGGGAAAGAGAUUACGAUAGCAGCAGACCAAGAGAUAUAGAUAAGCCUAAUCCUUGUAGGCUCUAUGUUGGUAACGUCAGUCGCUAUGUCCGUGAGAAGGAUCUUAGGAAUUUGUUUUCAAGAUAUGGAAGAAUCAGAGACUUGAUAUUGAGAAAUUUCUAUGCAUUUGUUGAAUAUGAUGAUGUCAGGGAUGCAGAGGAUGCUACUAAAGAACUCAACGGUUAUAAGCUUGAGGGCGAGAGAAUUGUUGUCCAUGUUGCCAACGUUGCUCGUAGCCGUCUCAACCGUACCAGAGAUCGUGAAGACCGUGACAGGGAUAGCCGUCGUCGUGAUGAUAGCCGUGAACGCGAUCAUGAUUAUAGAUCAAGCAGAAAAGGCGGUGACUCUAAUGAUCCUGACAGAUGCUAUAACUGCGGUGAAUUUGGUAAUAGUGCAAAUGAAUGUUCUUUACCAAAAGGAAGUGGCGAACGUGCUAUGAGAUUCCAAAAAGGAGUUUGCUUUGAAUGUGGUGAGACUGGCCAUCGUGCUCGCGAUUGCCCUGAUAGGAGAAAUGGCUCUCAUAGACGCAGACGUUCUAGAUCACGAAGUGUUGAAAAACGUUCCCGUUCACGUAGCGAGAGACGUUCUCGUUCAGACAGCCCUGCCAGACGAUCCCGUUCAAGAAGUCCGCCGUUCUAACUCAGGAAACCGUGCUCAAUCGAGUAGUCCUAAAAGAAGAAGAAGAAGCGUUUCUCGAUCAGUCAGCCCAAAGCGCCGCCGUUCAUACUCUUCCCGCAGCAGACGUUCCAACAGCUCUGAAUCAGUGAAAGAAAAGGACGAGAGAAGUUAA